AUGGAGGUGCUUGGAACAGUUGUCGGCGUUGCACAGGUAUUUGAAACAUGCAUCAGCACAUAUAAGCUUAUCUGUCUUGCAAACAACGUCGGUAAAGAUGGCGACCAGAUCGUGUCGCGGCUGCAAUGGGAAUAUUAUCGCCUCAUACAAUGGGGCAAAAGAUCCGGAAUUGAAUCCAAUUCCCCUUCGAACCGAGUCAACUGGGAGGUUGCCAAGUCUCUGUUAGAAGAGCAACAGGAGUUGUUGACCUCAGCUGAAAAGCUCAAAUCUAAGUAUAACCUCGACAUUGACGAUGAGAUCCUAACCGCCACAAAGUUGGAAGAAAAGGCUGCCGAGACUUCCUCUAGCUUGACCAGAUUUCUGCGCCAUCUCACAGCAGCAGAGUCAGGUAGCCUUCGAGCGAGGGCCAUCCAAAGCCAGAACAGUCCUCUUCGACGUCUUCGUUGGGCCAGUACGGGGAAAGACAAGACAGACCGUGUGGUUACCGACAUCGCAGAGUUGAACGACCGGCUGGAUUACCUUUUGGAUUCAGUUGAUCGCGAUAGACUCAAUGCCGCGUCAGAGUCGUUGCUCAGAGAUCUUAUCACACACUGUAACAACCCGAACGAAGUGAACACCAUCAAUGCGCUCUUGAAUCCGUCAAUCUCAGACUCGAACCAGGCUCUCGCUGCAGCCGCAUCUUUGCGACAAAUCCGUUUGUUGCUAGCGCCGCCCAAGGGCUCAGAGCAAAGGUCCGAGCCGCGAGGUGCUCUGCAACUCCUGGAGCUUCGUCCCCGACGUCUGACUCCCGAGGACUCGACGCAGACCUUGAAAUACGCGGGUAUCGAGCCCGCAGUUUACAAAGGACAGAACGUCAUUGUGGAGUGGAAAGUCGCCGAAAAUCCAGGAUGGGAUCAGCUCGCCAAAUAUGUCCGCCGACUAGCGCUACUCUUGAGUAAAAUGGAUGAUCCGUCAUUUCAUACUCUCCCAUGGCAGGGGCUAUUACCGUGGCGUGAAAGAUCGCUGUUCGGCUUUGUGUAUAGAUAUCCGGUUCCAACUGAGCAACUCAAGGGCUCCCAUCGUUACGAACUCCUGUACUCCGUGAUCCAAAGUUCUGCAAUCGCCCCGUUAAGCCACCGCGUGAAAAUCGGAAAAGAUAUGGCAGAGACGGUGCUCCAACUUCACACCGCGGGCUGGCUACACAAAGGAAUUCGAUCUGAAAAUAUAAUCGCAUUCUUCGCUCAGAACGAAGAAAUCCUUCCAGAGAAAGCUCAUCUCGUCGGAUUCGAAUAUGCCAGACCCGACUCUACGGAUGGUUUAGCCAUAACCCAGCUCCCCGGUGGUUCUCUUGGAGCGGACCAAUACCGACACCCAAGGGCGCGGGGAGCUCAUCGGAAAUCAUAUCGGAAGGCAUUCGAUCUUUACGCACUAGGCUGUGUUCUUCUUGAGCUUGCGCUGUGGAAGCCGCUGGCGGCGAUACUUGCCGAGACCCAUCCCGCAACUGAUGAAGAGAGAAGACACUCGAAUGGGAGCCCCAUAAACGAAGCCCGAGUGCCAUCACUGCUGUCAUUUCAGACAUGCACAUCAUUGCAGGUGCUUGUCACGCAUUUUGCAGGUAGCAUGUUUUGCGAUGCUAUUGCGCUUUGCUUUGAAGAUCGGGCGUUUGAUGAUAAUAGUCUGGAUAGACAGAAGACGGUUCUCGAAAAGUUAGGGAAAAUCAGUAUAUAA